UAUUGCCGUACAAUAAUAUGUAAACAACACUAUGAUUCGGUGUAUAGUUACCUACUCAGAUUAUAUUUUGGAGGAAAAAAGUUACCACUACUUUUGAGGGAAUAAAAUGUAUAAUCUGAAAAAACGGCCUAUACAACUUCAAAUAAAAUAUCCCAUAUAACGGAUAAGUGAUCUUUGACUCUUUCAUAAAAAGUGGACAUAAACUUUAUCACAACACAUUUCGCAAAUCGAAAAUCACUGUUUCACCACAAUUUUAUUUUAUUGUCAAACGCCAACUAUAAGUACGCGCGAUGUAAUAAUCCAAAAAAUGAAUUCAGUUCUAAUUUUGUUAUCCAUUUUGAUAACGUUGUCUCAGACGAAAGAUCAUAUAGAUAACGAUCUGUACUUAAGAACCGGCGAAAAGGCAGCAGCAUUAUUAAAAAGUUAUGGAGAUCCUAAUUUAAUAAGUAAAUAUCUACAGAACAGAAGUGUUAGAGAUGAUUUUGAUAAUUUAAUCGCCAGUAAAAAAGCUAACACGGUGAAACGAGUACGGGAUUCCAUUGAGAGAUUGAACGAUGAAAAUUUAAUGAAUAACGUAGCCACGAAGUCAAAUUUAAGAAUUGGGUACCAGUUAGACCCUAUACUUAAUAAGGUGAGGAGACAGGGGAAUGAGGAUGAUUCUCUCUCCGAUUCGGGAAGCUCGAGCAGGGAGUUCAGAGACUGGAAAGAGGAAUGGAAUGAAAUGUGGAACAAGAUGAAAUUAGAAACGAAGAACUUUACAACCCGUCUUGAGGGCGAUGUUGUGAAUAUGGCGGCAGCGAGACCGUGGGGCGUCCCAUGUGGUGACCCUAGCCGGCACGACAUGCCCUGGGGUACCUGCGUGCUGCCCGCAGAAUGCAACGCCGAAUACAGAAUCUUCAAAGGAGACUACUUCUGCGGACGCACUCAGUUUAUAUGCUGCUCCCUGAAUUUCCACACUUACGACCUGUACCAAGGACUUUCUGUGUCCCUCGAUGAAUCCAGCAUGGAGAUCGACAGUGCUGUGGAACGGGAACGAGCCAAGAAAAAAACCUCAAAGGAACGUCAAAAACGAACCGAUCGCAGAAGAAAACGACGCAAGCGAUUGAGAGAAGAACGAAAGCGUAAGAUCAGGCGAGCCAUCGCAAGAAUCAUCAAGGAGGUUCGCAGAAUCCUUGACAAAGCUUACAAAAACGGCAGUAAAAUCCGAAAGAGAAAGACAAAUACUAUGAAGAAGUUUAUCAAAUUUCUCAAAAGACAGUAUAAGUUGGAUCGAGAGUCAGCCAAGGACAUACAUGAGAUGCAGAUGCUGGAAGUUGACCAAGAGUUCAUGGACAGAUUGAAUCAAAUCAAAGAGUUGAACUCUGAAUUCAUGACCAAUGAUACGUUUAGGAACAUUGUAGUUAAUAAGACGUUAACGCUUAGGGGCGCGAAGAUGUUGGCAGAGGCGUAUCCUGAGUUGCAGGGGUUCUUGCCUAAAGGCUUUGUGAAGGGGGACUUUACCCGGCAGAGAAACGCCCGUCGGAGUGGGGGCUCUAUACACCAGAGAGGGCGCGUUCGGCCUAGAGGGGGCCCGCGAGGGGGGAUUGUUCGUCCACCCAAUCGGCGCAAUCGUCGGAAAUAUCUUGACUAUGACAUCGAAUUUGGGUUGUUGUAUAGUUAAUUAAAUAGCGAGUGAUUUGAAAAAUGUU